GGUGGGGGACGCGACAACCAGAAAGAGACGGUCCACCGCCAACCCCGACAAAUCCAACCUAGCACUGCAGCUUGCAUCAUGCUUCCUCCAGUGGACAGCACAGUUCUGCAAAGUAAUCCCGAGUUUGCGUCUCUCUAUUCCAAACUCACUAACUCGGUUCUCAAUCCCGAUGCAUCAACUAAAAAUGGCCCCUCCACCAAGCAACGCAGAGCGGUGACAGAGGAGUUGAACGAAUACCGGCUCCAUGCUGCCAAGCAACAUUUACUUACCGAUGCCAUAUCCAAUGCGAACCCCCAGUCGCUACAAGUCACACACGCCCCGGCGCCAUCAUUAACAAGGCGACCACGGCCGCAACAGCAAACGACAACAUCGACGCCGCUUACAGAACUACCACCAGCACUCCUCGACCUUCUCCUCCUUCUACCACCCCUUCUCAAUAAUGUGCAGUCCGAGUUGACACCGGACUCAACGGCUCUGUUACUCUCCAGCCCGCCACUGUCCGACUUCCCAACCCACCUGCCGCAACUGGCGCGGCUCGUCUCCACCACCCUCCACACCUCGGCCGUGCACCUCGCGCGAACAGCCAACCCGUCAACAAACCCGUCCUACGUGCACCGGUCGGUCCCUACCCUCCCGACCCACGCCGCGUCGCUGGCGGGCACGAUCGCCGAGCGCAAGGCCGAGCUCACGCGGGCGCGGGUCGCGGCCGCGGGGGAGCUGACAGCACUCUUGCGGGACCAGACGGCGGUGCUGGGGCAGCUGCUGCGGGCGCUCGAGGCCAAGCACGGGCCGAUCGCGCGGUCGCUCGAGUUCCGGGCGACGGAGGCGGCGCUCACGGCGCAGCGGCAGGAGGCCGAGGCCGAGGCGGCGCUGGGGGCGGCCCGCCGCGACACGUACACGCCCGAGGCGGCGCGGGCGCUGGCCAGCUACGCGAGCCACCUGCGCGACGCCAGGGGCCGGCUGGCCGAGGCGGUCCACACGCGCCGCGGGGAGCUGGAGGCGUACGGGGUGGUGGAGGUGGCGGCGGGCGGGGAGGGGGACACGGCGGGGGUUGGUGCGACCCGAGGUGGCAAGGAGAAGGUCAUGAGGGAGAUGGCGCGGGUGUAUCGUGACAUGGGCCGACAGGUGGAGGAGGUGAGGAGUGACCUGGAACGACUGGGGCGGGCGUGAUACCCGGUACAGGCGCACAUUUUGGUUCAUGAGACGUUGAGCAAAGGGCACCCGAAGUGAGCUGACGCGUCGU